CUCGUCUUCGAAUGGGAACAGUUUCUUGUUCGGUCACAAACCAUUUGGGCUCGGACCCGAUUCAGCUGGAGCGCCUGGUGAUCAAGAGAACCCGCACGGCAGUGAAGGCCCAUCGCCAAGGUCAGCUAUAGCAGCUAUGGCCGCGUGCCCCAGCCGCGUGGGCCGGCGACUUGGCUUUCUAGGGUAUGGAUGAAGUGAUUUUCAAUCAAAGCUGCAAAAUUGAUGGUGCUUACAGGUAAAUACGAUUCGUUCUUUUGUCUCUCCUGUACAGUACUUCGAUUUCGAAUACUUACUAGAUGAUACUACCAUCUAGAAUUUAUGUCCUUAGUGUAGUACAACCUCAUAGUUUGUUCAUUUUUUCGGUGGCGAGCAAGUGGAGUUGCUACGCUCAGAUCCGGUGCACAUCGGGCAGCGUUUCGAGAUUCAAUUCUUGACAGAACCAUUGGAGAUCCACUUCGCUGUGCGACACGAGCUUGAAGAUGACAGAAACCCGACACUUGCUACCGCAAAUUUCCAAGCCUCCAGUAAGGGGAGUCACGAGGUGC